AUGAAUAAUAUUCCAUCUACUAUUCCUCAAGUUGGAAAUGUUGAGGGAAAAUUUAAAAAUAAAAUAUUGAGAAAUAAAGAUUGUAGCGAUGAAACUUUAUUUGUUGGAAUAUUAAAUGCUGUUUUUAGGAAAUUUGGCCAAAUAAUUUCAAUUCAUCCUUGGCUUUUUAUUGGAGCAAGUCUUUUGCUGACAAUUUUUUGUUCUUUAAAAAUUCCUUUUACGAAAAUGACGAAUGAUGUUGCUGAUUUUACUCCUUAUGGGGCUAGGGCAAGAAAAGAAAGUGGGGUUUAUGAAGCAUUUUUCUCAAAUAAAGGAGAUCCGGUUGUUCUUUUUGUUUUAAUUACUGCUAAAAGGAAGGGAGGUAAUAUGUUGGGUGUUCAUGAAUUAGAAGAUACUGUUCAGUUAUUAAAUAUUGUUAAUGAUCAAUACAAAGUUGAGGAUAUUCAAAAAAAUAAUAAUCUCUCAUUUUCCGAUUUUUGUGAUAAUUUCUGUACAAUAAAUGAACCUGUUAGACAUUUUCAUAGCGGUUUACUUUUGGAAAGAAAUUUUGGCAAUUCUUCAUUAGAUCAUAUUGAUUUAGGUUAUCCAAUAACAACAGUUUUAGGCAGACAAUUACAUAUGGACCCGCAUUUUUUUGGCGUUAAAAUUGCUGUUCCUUUUAACAAAACAAAUAAAAAUAAUUCUGAAAUAAAUAAUCAAAUAAUUUCUGUUAAUGAAUUAAAAAGUAAAAUUUCAAAAAAAUAUUUUUCUAUAAUAUUAUUAAUUCUAGAUAAUUCUUUUAAAGAUGUGUUAAAAUCUUCUUCAUUUCAUUAUUUAUUAUCAACUUCAAAUUUUUCACAAAUUCCUAACAAUAUCAGAGAAAUUAAAUUAAUUUGUUUAUAUUUUCGUGCUGUUAGACCUAAAAGUGUUUCUAAAGAAGCAAUGCAAAACUGGCAGAGACAAAUUUCGAAUUUUGUUCGGAAUGAAUUUAAAAGUGAUUUUGUUGAUGCCCAUAUUUUAAGUGAAACAAUAUUAACAGAUGAAGUAGUUCGGGCUGGACUAACACUUUUACCUUUUUUAAUUAUUGGAUUUGUAAUUAUGGUUAUAUUUUCUUCAAUUACAAUGAGUGCAGCUGCUUAUUAUAUGGGACAAUUGGGGGCACACAAAAUUUUAUUGGCAAUUGUUGCCUGUUGUUGUCCUUUUAUGGCUUGUGGAACAGCUUUAGGGGGAAUGUUUUGGUUUGGUUUUCGUUUUGGUUCUCUUUUAUGUGUUACUCCUUUUUUGGUUUUGGCAUUAGGAGUUGAUGAUGCCUAUUUAUUGCUUAAUUCUUGGCAACGUUUAAGAAAGAAAAUGGAGAAAAAUAUUAAAAAACAAUUGGAAAUAAAUUUAUUAGAAGAAGAAAAAGAAGAAAAUAAUUUUGAGAAAGAAAAGGAGGAGGAACAAAAAUUAAUUCAAAAAUUAAUGGGGGAUGUUAUGGUUGAUACGGGGGCUUCAAUUACAAUAACUACAUUAACAAAUGUACUUGCUUUUGCCAUUGGAGCUUUUACUCCCACACCUGAGAUUCGUCUUUUCUCAAUUGGAAAUGCUAUAGCCAUAACAAUAGUUUAUAUUUAUCAAUGGACAGUUUUUGGUCCAACAAUAGCUUUAUUUGGAUAUAAAGAAUUAAAUAAAAUAUUAAAAGAAAUUAAAAAGAAAAUUAAAAAACAAAAAAUAAUUAAUAAUAAUUUAAAUUCUUUAUCUAUUUCUUCUUCUUUUUCUUCGUUUUCAUCAGAAACAGAUAGCGGAAUUAAUGUUAAAGAAGAAGAAUAUUUUGAUGAAGAUAUUAAAAUAUCUGAGAAUAAUAAUAGAAAAACAAUUAAGAAAAGAAAAGAAGGAAUGGCUAAAAUUUUAAGAAGAUUAAUUCAAAAGUAUUGUAAAAGGUACGGAAGGUGGAGGAAUGGGGGUUAUUUAAUUCAAAUAAUAUUUUACAUAGUUUCUUUGAAUUAUUUCUAA